UACCCCCUGCAAAAGGCCAGCAUCAUGUUUUUGCUGCUGAUUCUGAUGCUGCUGACUCCAAGCCUUGAAACAAGGGAGGAAAGAGAAGAGUUACAGAAGAAAAGGGGAGAAAUAAUUCCACGCCUUUUGAGUCAAGAUUUGCUAAGGAAAGAUCUAGCAGGUAAUGAGCACAUUCUGGAACUUGGUUUGUUUGGGGCAAACCCAUUGGCAGAGAUAACGAGCAAGAAGCAAGAUGAAUCCCAAAGGCCCAAGUUUAUUUCCCGAUAUACAGAUGCGACUCGGGAUUUUCAAAGCUGGACCUCCACACGCAAGUCUCCACAUUCAGAGGCCCCAUCUUCCCAUCCACACCGCAAAAGGGAAGCAGAAUCACCCUUCAGAAAAGAUGCCAAAAAGUUCUGGGACCUUUUUAUGCUGAAAACUAAGUCAAGGUCUGAAGAAGUUGUCCUUCCAAUCAAAACCAAUGAGAUGUAUGAAGAGACUUGCAGCACUCUGCCAUUUUCUCAGAGCAUUGUGUACGAGAACUGUGAGACAGUGGUGGUGCAAAACAACCUGUGCUUUGGGAAAUGCAGUUCCUUCCAUGUUCCUGGUCCCGAGGAUCGCCUUUACACCUUCUGCUCCCACUGCUUGCCCACCAAGUUUUCCAUGAGACAUUUGGAGAUAAACUGCACCGGGACUGCUCCUCUGUUCAAAGUGGUUAUGAUUGUAGAAGAGUGCAAGUGCGAGAUUCAGAAGAUGAAAGAUCCUGAGAUAGGAUUUCUACACUCAAAUGUGCAUGCAAAUGUAUAUGAACACAACUGA